CGCAGAAGGAUGAUGCCGUGCUACCGUCCACCGGGGAACGAGACGCUGCUGAGCUGGAAGGCCUCGCGGGCCACGGGCAUGGCCUUCCUGCUCGCGGCGGCGCUGCUGGGGCUGCCGGGCAACGGCUUCGUAGUGUGGAGCUUGGUGGGCUGGCGGCCGGCGCGGGGGCGGCCGCUGGCGGCCACGCUGGUGCUGCACCUGGCGCUGGCCGACGGCGCGGUGCUGCUGCUCACGCCGCUCUUCGUGGCCUUCCUGGCGGGCCAGGCGUGGCCGCUGGGCCAGGUGGGCUGCAAGGCGGUGUACUACGUGUGCGCGCUCAGCAUGUACGCCAGCGUGCUGCUCACCGGGCUGCUCAGCCUGCAGCGCUGCCUGGCCGUCACUCACCCCUUCCUGGCGCCGCGGCUGCGCAGCCCGGCCCUGGCCCGCCGCCUGCUGCUGGCCGUUUGGCUGGCCGCCCUGCUCCUCGCCCUGCCGGCCGCCGUCUACCGCCACCUCUGGGGGGACCGCAUAUGCCAGCUGUGCCACCCAUCGCCGGCGCACGCCGCCGCGCACCUGAGCCUGGAGACUCUGACGGCCUUCGUGCUGCCUUUCGGGCUGGUGCUCGGCUGCUACGGCGUGACGCUGGCGCGGCUGCGGGCCGCGCGCUGGCGCUCCGGGCGCCGUGGCACCCGCGUGGGCCGGCUCGUGAGCGCCAUCGUGCUGGCCUUCGGCUUGCUCUGGGCCCCCUACCACGCGGUCAACCUGGUGCAGGCGGCCGCCGCGCUGGCUCCGCCCGAGGGGACCUUGGCCAGGCUCGGCGGCGCGGGCCAGGCGGCGCGGGCGGGCACCACGGCCUUGGCCUUCUUCAGCUCCAGCGUCAACCCGCUGCUUUACGUCUUCACCGCCGGGGACCUGCUGCCCCGCGCGGGUCCGCGCUUCCUCAUGAAGCUCUUCGAGGGCUCCGGGGAGACCCGAGGGGGCAGCCGCUCUAGGGAAGGGACCAUGGAGCUCCGAACGACUCCUCGCCUACAGGUGGUGGGCCAGGGCCAGGACAACGGGGACCCUGGGGGCGGGCGGCAAAGGGACAGUCUGGAUUGGGACCUUUGA